UAGCACGCUAAGCUAGUUAGCCAGCUAGCAACGUCGUUUAUUUCGCUUGGGGUUGUCAGUUCUGUAAUUGUGUUAGCUAUCUAGCUAACUGGAUAGUUAGCUAGCUUGCUGUUAAGCUGGCUAGCGUUUAUAUCCUGUGCUACAAUGGAAAGUUUAACCUUAAGUGAUGUAGAGCAGAAAUAUUACUCGGAUUUAUUUGUCUACUGCGACACGGAUAACACCAAGAAAGUGGCAUCCAACGGCAGAGUUCUUGACCUUUUCCGAGCGGCCCAGCUACCUAACGAGGUGGUCCUUCAGAUCACUGAGCUUUGUGGUGCCACUCGUCUUGGAUAUUUUGGACGGAGUCAGUUCUACAUUGCGCUGAAGCUCAUUGCUGUUGCACAGUCUGGAUUGCCACUUCGAGCAGAAAGUUUAAAUAGCGUCAAGGACCUGCCUCUGCCCAGGUUUUUAGUUGGGAAAAAUGAACAGGAAGCCAGACACGCCGCCCUGUACUCUGAAUCGGAAAAUCAGGGGCCUUAUUCUGGAGUAAUCCCUCGUCCUCCAGGCCGCGCCCAGGUCAAGAAGGUGUCGGCACACGAGGUCAUCCAGCCGUGUGCACCUGCGGUGGAGCCUCAGCCUGACACCACAUCUCCAGUGGUCUCCCCCCACCAGUCCCCACCAGCCUCCCCCCACGCCUGGAGAAAGCACAAACGACAGACCAGCGGAGGAAACUCGGAAAGGCAGCCCGUUGUAGCGGCUGCGGUCUGGACACCCUUCGGUGAAGCACAAUCAGGGCCAGUGGCAGGUGAUGGGAUGUGGUCUGCCCGCUCUCCUCCUCCUGUUCAGGAAAGCUGGGUCAGUUUCACAGACACCCCCCCCACCAGCACACUUCCACCAAUGCAUCCCUCGUCAGUCCAGGAGAGCACAACAAUACGCACGGUCGCAUCUGCUGCAACAACAAAUGAAAUCCAAAGGCAAUCCAGCACCUACGAUGACCCCUGGAAAAUCACAGAUGAGCAGAGACAGUAUUACAUCAAUCAGUUCAAGACCAUUCAGCCAGACCUGACUGGGUUCAUUCCUGGUUCUGCAGCAAAGGAGUUUUUCACAAAAUCAAAGCUUCCUAUUCUUGAGCUGUCUCACAUUUGGGAGCUGUCAGAUUUUGACAAAGAUGGUGCAUUAACACUGGAUGAGUUCUGUGCUGCGUUUCAUCUGGUAGUGGCGAGGAAAAAUGGCUAUGACCUUCCGGAAAAACUGCCAGAGAGCUUAAUGCCAAAGCUUAUUGACUUGGAUGACUCAGCAGAAGUCCCAGACCCAGCUCCAGAAGUAGGGUACUCCGGCUCACCCGUGGAGGUGACCCCCAACAAAUCCCCCUCCAUGCCCUCGCUGAACCAGAACUGGCCCGAGCUCAACCAGAGCAAUGAGCAGUGGGAGACCUUUAGCGAGCGCUCCUCCAGCUCACAAACUCUGACCCAAUUUGAUUCUAACAUUGCACCAGCUGACCCUGACACCGCGAUAGUGCAUCCUGUCCCUAUCCGCAUGACCCCCAGCAAGAUCCACAUGCAGGAAAUGGAGCUGAAGAGAACAGGAAGUGAUCACACACACCCUACCAGCCCUUUGAUGGCUAAACCUCCUGAGCUCUCUGAGGAGAAUAAGUUACCACCUUCAAUGAAGUUUGUAGCUGCUAACACUGCAGGUGAUGGGUACAGCAGCUCGGAUUCAUUUACUUCAGAUCAAGAACCAAUAGGAGGUGUUGUAACACGACAGAGGUCUCACUCGGGAACGUCUCCUGAAGGGCUGAAGGCAGUAGCCCCUCCGCCGCCCCCUCCCAGACCCACUGCCUCACACUCGCGCUCCUCAUCACUAGACAUGAACAGAAACUUUGCGGCGGUCCCUGCAGGACAGCAGCAGGUUCCAGGUGUGGCCUACCCCCCUGCAGUGCCCCCUCGACCCCAACCCACCCAGGCUGCCGGCCAUCGCACGGUCGAUGGGGAGGGCCUGGCCAGCCACUCCAGCACCUCCCCCCAGCAGAUCCCAGAACAGCCCAACUUCGCCGACUUCAGCCAGUUCCAGGUGUUUGCAGCUGAGCCGCCUUCCGAGGAUGGGGAGAAAUUACCGGAGAGCUCACAGGUGGAGAAGCCCGGUGAGCCUGCAGGGUCUUUGAGAACAGCCAAGCCAGCAGAAGUUCCGGUGGAGGAUCGAGCCGCUGCUGCUGUGAACUCAGCCAAAGGAUCCACACCUCUUGCCCCUCCACCAAAGCCAGUUCGCCGGCGGCUAAAAUCUGAAGACGAGCUGCGGCCGGAGGUGGAGGAACACCCACAGAAGUCCAACGUCAUAGCUGCUGUUCUAGCGACCCAGCCCUCUAUUCCAAGAUCUGUUGGCAAGGACAAAAAAGCUAUCCAAGCGUCUAUCAGAAGAAACAAGGAAACAAAUACAGUUCUGGCAAGGCUCAAUAGCGAAUUACAGCAGCAGUUAAAGGACUUACUAGAAGAGAGGAUAUCUUUGGAAGUGCAACUGGAACAGCUGAGACCCUUUUCACACUUGUAAUCUCAGUGUGUGCCGUGUGUCUGAAAACCCCACCAGCGACAGACCUUCAGUUCGACCCUCCCCCCCACACCAGGACGUAUUGCCCACCUCUAUUUCCACUCUAUCCCUACCCCAGCUGACUGUAUGUGCAAAUGUGCACACCGCCUGUGUGCAGAUUCACCAUUUGGCCAGAGAACCUGUCACUCCUUAGGGUUGGGGUUAACGUGCAACUAACUGAGGCACUUUCAUUUCAAAGAAAUUAAAUUGUAGGUAAACGUUAAUGCCCCUUAUUUUGGCAGUGGUUCUGGAACUAGAUUCUCAAGGCCCCUGUAUGGUGAGUCUUCAGUUGACAGGGGCAGUGAAGUGCAUUGUGGUCACCUGUAGGUGGCACACUUUCACUCAUUAAGCAUGUUGCACAUUAGCUGAACGCUGGGCUGGGGCAGAGAUGGAGGGAGUGGGAGAUGAGCACCCCUCCUGCAGCGUGGUUACAAGUCAUUAUGGGACUGAACUCCUCUCCUGCAGUAACAACUUGGAGGUCUGUUUUUGACGGGCAUCCAGGCACCAUUUACUAACCUCUGCCGGCUAGCAGGGGGCAUCUCCUUUUGUUUUCCCCAGCGGUCUAGAUCGUAACACGAUGACUUGUGUACCUUGUACAGUACUUGACCCAAAACAACUGCAUUCACAUGUCCUUUCUGUUGCGUUUUGUCUUUCUAAUUCCCCACUUCCCUCUCUCUCAAGUGGUACCUGACCUGAAAGGGUGCCACUCCAAACACACGCCUCCCCUUCACCCCCCUUCCCAGCAGAGUACUGUGGAAGAAGAGAAACCUGAAAUUAAAUGACUGCACCGCCUAACACGCCCCCUCCCUUUUUUUUUUCUUGGCACCAUUUUAUUCUGCAUGUUGUUCAUGUUCCUACUGAGUAUAAAACAGCUCUUAAUAAAAACAAACCACUCGAUUUGUAUCUGUGUAUCUUAACUUGUAUCACUUAAUUUGUGUUGUUACCUAAACUUGUAUCGGUCUUUUUGUUUUCAUUCUUUUUUCCUGGAACUUGCUGUGUUUUGGUUUCUUUCACCUGUCCUCUCAGCCACACUCCUGCCGUUCGGGAUCCACUCUACUGUACUCUCCGUGUGUUGAACUGAGGUGAGCCUUUCCCUGCUCUUCAGGUUGAUGUACUGUAUAAGGGGUAUGUUGUAUAUUGUAUGAUACACACCUUUUGAUCUCAUAUGUAAAUUUGCAUUAAUUGCUGACUAACAGCAAAUAUUCUAUUUAAUUGCUUAUAUUAUGGCUGUGGGAUCAUAGAUGUUUAACUGCAUGGAUGUCUCUGCAGAAUGAACUAGCAGCUGUGUGAUUUUUACACAAAAUAAAA